AUGAGGCGUGGCGACGGCCCAGCGAUUUCCGGCCCGGGCGAAUGUGAACGCGUUAUGUAUGCUGGUGAGCGGCAGUUCAAAGUGGUGCAGAGCUGGAGACUGAAGGAGGGACGCGGCGUUGAGUUCACUACCAAGCUCUUCGACCCCAAGGCCGGCAAGCGCGCAGCUGCUAGAAACAGCGGCACCUCGGAGGGCGGCGGCGAGGCAGCUUUCUCCAAAUUUUUCGAGUGGCCGGACAACAUCAACUUCAAGAGGAUCUGGAAAUCGGAGAAGGGCGAGGACAUCAAGGACCCUGGCCGCGCUCUGUUCCUCUCGACACGGUGUAAGUGCCUGACCACCCUGACAACAGACCAGGGCGCGUGCAAGAUCCACACGCAGCAAGACCUGUAUCUGAAGGCGCUGCGCGAAGUGGACGUGCAGGGUCGUGCACCACGCGACUGUCGGUGGUGCAGCGCCCCGGACGGACAAGCGGCGUGGAAGGGGUUGUGGGAACACCUGGGGACGUUUUCGGAAGCGCUGACAUGCCCAACGGUGGACCUACAAGAGGGGGACCCGGAGGAUGAGGUUGGCUUCAUGGGACGGAAGCCGGCCUGCAGUGCUAUGGAGUGCACGCUCUGUGGGUUUGGGAAGGAAGGGGGCAUCCCGACCUGCAAGGCGCUGGAAACGUCGCAACAGGUUGUCAAAUGGACCCGGUAUGAAGACGUUGAGAGGCCCGGGAAGAAGCCCCUGCAAAACCAACAAGUCGAGAAGGAGGGCAAGCUCUACGACCUGUGGGCGGACUUCAAGAAGCACAGUAAGCUGUACAUCGCUCAUCAUGCGAAGGCCAAGUGGCAGACAAACUCUCAUGGGCUCUGCUUGAGCACGUUUCAAGACGGCGAUAUCGUGAUCGAGACAGAUUUU